UGAAAGCCAUUUUCGGUUCACUUCACUGUCAAAAGUGGAAGGACCAAGAAAGAGUAGAAAGAAAAAUAAAAGAAACCAGUCAGACGGUCACAAUCGGAGUGACAGGAUCGAUUAUUUUUCUUUUAUUUGGGCGCUAAUCAGCAUCGGCAGGAGGAGCGGCAGUAGCCAGCGGUGGUGCCCCCCCAGUACGGAACCGAUUAAACGGAAGUAGCUUGUGUGUAACAUAAGCCUCUCGAAGUAGUUAAAAAACUGCAAACCCUUGGUUUGCAAGAUCCGUCGGAUUGUACGAUUACCUGAGUGAAGAUUGGUGCAUCCAAGGACACGACGUGUGGCGGAAAGAGAGCGAGAUAGAAAGUAAAACAACAGCAAGUACUGAAAGUACAUUGACAAAAUGGAUGUUUUCAUGAUGAUCCGGCGGAAGAAGACGACAAUUUUCACGGAUGCCAAAGAGACGACGCCGGUGUACGAGCUGAAGAAAAUGAUCGAAGGAAUACUCAAAGUGCCUCCCCGAGACCAGCGGCUAUACAAUAGAGACAUGCUCAUGGACGACGAUAAAACCCUGCAAGACUGUGGGAUAACAGUAGUCACGGCGAAAGCGCAAUGUCCCGCACAGCUCGGAUUGGCAAUACGGGAAAAUGGUGAUUUUGAAUCGCUUGAACUGACCCCCUACUCUCUACCGCCGGAUCUACCAGAUGUGAUGAAAAAUCAGGACACCGCAAAUGGCCAAGAUCAGCUCGCCUAGGUGGACAAUGUUAGAGAUUGGGAUACAUUUUUUCGUUUACCAUUAAUUUCUCACUCUCUAGUUUUGCCUCACCUACUAACUCAGAUGCGAGUUUUGCUAUAAACCUUCAACCCCCGCUAUUGAAACCACAAAUAUUUGUUAUAGUUUUAACAGAACAUCCUUACAUAGUGGUCGCACUAAACCAUGUAUGUGGCAUCUAAAUCUUUUUCCUGAUUUAACAACAUGCGAUAAGCAUUAUUCUUGUUUACCCACGGCAUCAGGUCACAGUGAAUGUCCUAAGAAUAAUUUCCCAUUUCGCGUCCCCAAACAUGAUUCAAACCUCUGCAAGAGAGAGGGUGUGUAAUCAAAGGAAUGCAGCUUUGUUAAUCAAUUAGCGAUCCGUUAUCCGAUUCGUUAUUGUGUUCGAGCGCAUUUAGUCCUUGAAAAUGCGUUUUGGUUUCAAAGAUUAAGUAGGACAUAUUUAGUAUCAAUUUAUUCCCGCUUUCGGAGUGACUGCCACAUCAACACAGGGUUAUCUUGCUUUCCUUUCUUUGGGUAAUUUUAUUCGUACGGUUUUGAGUAAUUAAAUUAUGGAAAUGAAAUGAA